GCGCAAACUGCAAGGCGCGAGCGCGAACUUAGUAUGGCGGUGGUGUAAACAAAGCUGUUGUCACAAUGGUGUCCUUAACUUUAGUUAUCCUAAUUUCCAUGUCUGCGGUCCAGUCUAUUGACCUUACUGGAGGUUUCUUCAAACCACGGCCAUACCAUCCCAACUUGAAGUAUUAUGAAUUAAUUGAUUCUUCAGCCUUCAAGCAUCAUAUUGUGAAAAGAGGAACCACAGAGAGUAAUCAUCGUUUCAAUAAGAUCAAAGAAGUACAGUUUAAUGCACUUGGAAGAGAUUUCCGACUUAUCCUUAAUCCUCGGAAGGGAUUGCUUCACCCUCAGUUUAAAGCAUAUGCAGUUGAUGGUGCUGGUAAUGAGCAGAUCAUCCAUGUAGAUCAUGAGAACUUCUAUGAAGGCCGUGUGUUUGGUGAGAAGGUUUCUGAGGUUUCAGCACACCUGGAGAAUGGUAUCAUGACAGCAACCAUACACACUCCUGAGGACACAUACCAUAUUGAGCCAUCCUGGAGACACACACCAGACACCAGUGAGGACUCCAUGGUGGUUUACCGAGGCUCAGAUGUGAAGUACAGCUGGGAGGAUAAGAAGCCCAUGUGUGACUACAUCAAGGAAGGAAAUGAAACUACAGAAGCAGAGGAUGAGAAUGAAUGGAUUGAAGGAUAUGAGCCUCCUGAUGGAGGGGUUCUGGAUGCCUUAAAUGACCAGAUCUUGAGAGCCAAGCGGAGAGUCAAGAGACAGCAGGCAGAGGCAUAUAAUUUCAAUGGGGAGAAAACACGCUGUCCCUUGCUGUUAGUGGCUGACUACCGAUUCUUCAAGGAAAUGGGAGGUUCAAAUUACAAGACUACUGUCAACUAUUUGAUCAGUCUUAUUGAUCGUGUGGACAAAAUCUACAAGAACACUUCAUGGAGAGAUGCAGGAGACAAGUUAGACUUUUCUGAUAUGGGAUUUGUAAUAAAGAAAAUUCUUGUACAUCAAGAGUGGUCUCCAGUAACCACUAAUCAGGUGCAUUACAACAUGGACAGAACUUCAUGGGAUGUCCGCAACUUAUUAGAGGUCUUUAGCCGUGAGUAUUCUCACAAGGAUUACUGCUUGGCUCAUCUCUUCACUGACAUAAAGUUUGAAGGUGGCAUCCUGGGUUUGGCUUAUGUAGGGUCUCCUCGCAGAAAUUCUGUUGGUGGUAUCUGCACUCCAGAAUACUUCAAGAAUGGUCAUACAUUGUAUCUGAACUCAGGCCUGAGUUCUUCUAGAAACCACUAUGGACAACGUGUCAUUACUCGUGAGGCUGACCUUGUUACAGCUCAUGAGUUUGGACACAACUGGGGAUCUGAACAUGACCCAGACAGACCAGAAUGCAGUCCAAGUGCUAGCCAGGGAGGGUCUUACCUCAUGUAUACUUACUCAGUGUCAGGAUAUGACAUAAACAAUAAGAGGUUUUCUCCAUGCAGUCUUCGAGCAAUCCGUGCUGUGCUGAUGGCAAAGUCUUCCCGUUGCUUCACAGAACCUGAAGAGUCUUAUUGUGGUAACCAAAGAGUUGAAGGGCAGGAAGAGUGUGAUGCUGGGCUCGUAGGCCAAGAUGAUAUAGAUAUGUGUUGUGAUAAGCAUUGCAAACUUAGAACAGACGCUGUUUGCAGUGAUCGCAAUUCUCCCUGCUGCCAAAGCUGCAAAUAUAUGAACCAAGGAGUUAAGUGUAGAGAGAAGCAGCCAGCCACUUGUGAGAAUGAAUCCAGGUGCCUGGGUACAAAAGCAGAAUGCCCCAAAGCUAAGCCGAUGGAAGAUGGAACACCCUGCAUUGAAAAAGGACAGUGUCUUCAAGGAAACUGUCUCCCAUAUUGUGAAACACAGGAUAUGCAGAGCUGUAUGUGUGACACAAUUGAUGAUGCUUGUAAGAGAUGCUGCAGAAAGACUCUCAAUGACACUUGCUUCCCUGUCAAGCCUGUUGAUAUUCUGCCAGAUGGCACACCCUGCAUCCAGGGCUUCUGUAAUAAGGGAAAGUGUGAAAAAACUGUUCAAGAUGUUGUGGAACGUUUUUGGGAUAUCAUAGAAGAUAUUAACAUCAACACUGUUUUAAUGUUUCUUCGAGACAACAUCGUGGGGACAGUCAUCAUCAUCUCUGUCAUCAUAUGGGUACCAGCAUCCUGCAUAUUCAGUUAUGUGGAUCGUCGGCGCAAGGAGGAAUAUCACAAGCAAUGUGAAGAAUAUAGAGAAUACAUUGAGCGCUGGAAGAGGAGGAUGGAAGGUCAUGGUUUUCCUCAGACCAAAAGAGCGAGAUUUGCUGAUGUUGUUGAUGAUGCUGCAGCCUGCCUUCUAGGAAGCACCUGUACCUGAAUACUUCACUGCACUUUUGAUAACUAGUUGCACUUUCUUGUGACAAAUAAUGCUAAUGAUUAGUAUUUAUCAUGGGAUUAUAUAGCAUGUUUCUUAAGAAUAUUUAUGUAGUAAUAUUUUAGUAUAUCCUUCCUGUUUUAUUAUUCUUCCUGUAAAUUUGAAGCACAUUUGACCUCACCUUUUCUAUUUGUUGAUUUCAUCUUUCUUACCUCUAUAUAUCAAUAGAAAUUUGUAUAAAAGUGCUCCCUACCUUGUAUCCUAUUUCUGAAGUGUAAUAGUUUUAGUUUCUCUCUGUUUUCUCACACACGUGCAUGCUCCCCCCAGCUGGUCAGACACGUCCACAGCAGCUGCUAGGAUCUACCUAAGUUUGGUUAUGCAGGGGGUCCAAACUUUGAGUCCUGUCUCCAUAAUAGGGUCUUGUACAAGGUUUAGGUGCAGGGGAAGGGGAAGUGUUAGUAGAGGAGUGGGUGAAAAGGAGAAAUGAGAGAGUGAUACAAGAUAAACACUGACGGUUGGUGAUAUCAACAGGGAAGAUGGCAGCCGGCAUGAACCCAAAUUUUUUUGAGGGCUUCAAGGAAGAGGAUCUCAGCAUAGUGCACACAAAUAAACAAAUGUGGAAAAUUGAAGAAGAAAAUGCAAAAAUACAAAAAGAAAUACAUAGCUUAAUGGUAAUGAUAAAGGCAUGGAAGGAAGAAAGAGAAGUGGGUGGCAACUAUGCAAAAAAAAAUAUCCAGUGAUAUAAUAGAGAUAAGAAGAGGGAGAUGGAAAGAGAAAAGAAAACAAAGAACUGAGAGAAGAGGUGACAAAAAUAGUGGACUUAAACAAAAAGUACUGUGAAGAAAUUAAGAAACUCAAGGAAUAGGACAAAGAGUUAAAAAAACUUUGCAAGAGAGAGAGAGAGGUUAUGGUUGGAGAAAUGAAAGAGUUAGUGACAGAGGAAGUCAAAAAUUGGAAAGAAGAGAGAGAACAAUAAUAAAAGGUGGACAUGGAGUAGAUAAUAAGACAACAGCAACAGGAACACAAUAAGAAUAUGGAAAAGCAAGUGAUUAAAAUGAUAAAGGAAAAAAAGUAAUCUUGUGAGAGACAUGGUACAAACAAAGAUGUGUAUGGUGGUAUUUGGAAUUGAGGAGAAGAACCUAGCUAGAGAGAAAGAAGUGAAAAGGGCUAAGGAAAUUAUAGCAGAAGUGGUGGAGAAAGGAGAGGGGAUAAUCAAACAAAUUGAAAAGGUUUACAGGAUUGGAAGAAGAAAAUGGAACAAGAAGAAGAAAAUGGAACAAGACCAAUGAAAAUAAUAUUCAUGUCAUAAACAGCAGCAGAACAUGUGUUGCAAAGAACUGGAAAAUUGGCAAAAGUAGAAGGAAGCAAGGAAGGAAAUAUGGAUUAAAAGAGGCAUGAACAAAGAAGACAAAAGUAAACUGAAAGAAUUGAGAGUAGAGGUCCAGUCAAAAAAUGGGGAGAGAACACAGGAACAAGCAAGAAGAUUCAUCUGAAAAGUUGUGGACAUGAAAGUGAAGAAAUGGUGGCACAAAUAUGCAAUGCAAGAUCACCAAGCAGAAGUUUAAAGAUUAUGUAUACUAAUGUAGAUGGUUUGGUGUCAAGCCUAUUGGAACUUAAAGACUACUUAAAGAACAGUAAACCAGAUGUGGUAUGUUUAACAGAAACCAAACUAAAAGAGGAAAUAAAGUUGGGAUUUGAAAAGGAAGGAUAUAGCACAUGGAGGAGAAACAGAAAAGGAAAGUGAGGAGGAGGAGUAAAUAUAUUGGUAAAAGAAGAUAUUGUUGUUAAGGAAGUGAAAUAUGGUGAUGAAAUGGCAGAAAGAUUUGAGUCUUGUGAUUAAGGUCAAAGAAAGUGAAAAAAGGAAAAUCAUUGUGACAUACAUACCACCAAAAACUAAUGCAUGGGAGACUAAUAAAUUUAAAAGUAUGCAACUAGAAACAAGAAA